UGUCAUGUUUUUUUUUUAAAUCAAUGUCUUACCCAUAUCAUACCAUGUUGUUGUUGUUGUUGUUGUUGUUUCUGCAACAAAAUAUACAUUUACAAGAUUAAAAUGAUUUAUUUCUUGCUUUUGCUAGAUCAUUGCUUUGGAACUGGUGGCUCGCCCUGCGUGUUCCCCUGAUCGGUCUGACAGUACCCUUGUACUACCUACCCAGCAUCCCAGUGACCCAGUUCACACAUAAACGGAUACACAGAAAGAUCUUAAACGAGACAUACAAACCAGGAUCCUGUCACACAUCAUUUGGAAAAAAAGCCACAUCCAGUGUCCAUUCCACAAGAUAGCUAAGUAUAACGGUUAUCAAUCAUGCCUCGCAAAGGUAAGCGCUCGCAAGCAGCAAAAACAAGAUGGCUAAAAGUUUCUUUGCCAAACUGUGAAAAUGAUAGCCAGGAUUGCAUAAACACCUCUGAUAGUAACAUAAAUAAUUGUGAUUUAUUGCAACCAUCUGUACAUGACAUUCAAAUGCAACGUCAUCUCAACCCUUGUGAUUGUAUGCAAGCUUCACACUCUCAAAAUGAUAACAAAUAUAGUACCUUCUCUAGAAACAAACAGUGUACCUGUAAUUCACUGAUGUUUCUUUCUUUUCUUAAUGAAAAUGAAAACAUAACUGCAGAAGAUCUUGACAAUGUUCUAGAUAAGGGGGAUUCAAUUUAUUGUGAGCAAAGGAAAAGCUUUCCAAACAACUCUUUUUUGGCAUUUGAUGAGCUUCCUGACAUUGUUUCAGCACGCGCUACUGUGUACAACAUAAAAAAAGAACUAGAGUCAAGGUUUGGUUCUUUCAAAGACCCUGUUCCUGAAGCAGCUGAUGACUAUCUAGAUUUGACAGCAGGCCUAAGCUGCUUAUUAUCAGAUGUUCAGUAUGCAUUGUUGAUCAUUUCCAAUAUAUGCAUUGCUGUUUUCAGAACAUCCUGUGGCAAAUAUGGAUUUUUUGAUCCCCAUUCAAGAACAAGUACUGGUAUGCCUGUGCUUCCAGGAACAAAUGUUCAUGGCACUGCUAUUAUGCUGACAUUUACAAACCUACAAGACAUGAUAGACAGACUAGGAAAAUGCUUGCAAAUACUCGGUGUUCCAUCAUCUGAAACUUACCAGUUACAGCCUAUAGAAUUUGACCCUUUAACUACCUCCAGUGAACAACAUUCUACGGAAGGCUUGCAAGACGACAAUAAUAAAAAUGUAACACCUCUAUGUCUUCUUCGAAGCACAGAUGACUACAGUGAUGGAGAAGAACUAGUACAAAGCGCCAAAAAACAAAAGACAGAAAUGUAUUCUAACAUACAGCCGCGGGAAACAUUGAAUGAAGAUGACUCAAAUGUUUCUGAUAUAGAGGCACUAAUACCAAUACUCUUGGGUUGCUUGCCUUCAAACAGAUCCACUGUUGAUGGUAAAAAUAUUAGUGAAAUGCCAUAUAACAAAUCUGGUAAUACUAUCAACGAAAUCAGUAUCUCUCCAGAUAACAUUAAACAACACAUGUUAAAACUGAAUAAAAACAGGAGGCAAAGAUUUUUAAGGUUGAAAGUACAAUGUCAAAAAAAUGGAAAUGGCAAGAAAAAACAUAUCUCUGAUGAGAACCGUACUACUAAGAAACGACUAUACUCAAAGCUGUUGUACCAAACCAAUGCAAUUGUACGUCAAAAAAAAAAAAACUAUGUUGCUCAUUUAUAUCAAAAUGUUGAAGAGUUCAGACAAAAACAAAAACAAUUUGCAAUAAAACGCUAUCAAAACAAAGCAGAAGUAAGACAAAAACAGAAAGACUUAAUGACAGAACAUUAUAAAAAUGAUCCCAUGUUCAGAAAAAAACAGAAACGGUUCAUAAGGGAAAAGUAUAAAAAUAACCAAGAGUUUAGACAAAAGCAAAAAAAUUUUACAACUGCACGUUACAGAAACAGUCCUGACUUUAGACAGAAGCAGAAAGAAAUGUCAUAUAAACAUUACCAUGCCAGUCCCGAGUAUAGACAGAAGAAGAAAAAUAUAAUCACAAAUCGUUACCACAGCGAUGCUGACUUUAGACAGAAGCAGAAAGAAAUGUCGUAUAAACGUUACCAUGCCAGUCCUGAGUAUCGGCAAAAGAAGAAAAGUAUGGUUACUGUACGUUAUUGUGUCAAUUCUGAGUAUCGGCAGAAGCAGAAACGACGCAUUACCCAACGUUAUCAAAGUUGUGAAAAAUUUCAACAAAAACAAAAGCAAUUUGCAAAAAAACGAUACAUACAAAGUGCUGAUGUAAGGCAGAAGCAAAGAAUGUAUUUUGUUAACAGCUACAGGAACAACUUAGCAUUAUGUAAGAAACAGAAAUUGUACAUGACACAGCGUUAUGCUCAAGACAAAGAAUUUCGAAGUAGACACAGAGAGUUAAUGAGAAAAAUAAUGCUAAACAAAUACAGAAAUGACCAAGCAUUUCAAAUUAAGCAAAAAUGCGCAUUACAAAUAAAGAAAAAAUACAAAAACAUUUUUGUAAAUCCAACCCAUGUCAGUGAAGAUACGUCAACAUCCCAGACAAACGAGAAUCAAAGACUGAUAAAAUUAGCCAUUUCUGUUUUUAAAGCAAAUGUUAAAAGUGGUCCAACAUUUAUUUGCACUGUUUGCCAUAAAGCUUUGUUUCCAAAUCAAGUCAAGUCAUGUAAUAGGAACAAAUACAUAAAAAAUGUACACGUGGUAGCACAAUGUUUGACAGGUAAAUAUGUCCAUACUUGUACCACUUGUGAAGAACAUUGCACAGUUCCCGAUGAGAGGAGAAAAGAAUGGAUAUGUUACACUUGCCAUAACUAUGUGAAAGCUGGAAAAAUGCCCCCACUUGCUGUAGCCAAUAAUUUACAGCUAGCAGACAUUCCAGAGGAUUUGUGUAAUCUUAACAUCUUGGAGAGGCAUCUCAUUGCAAAGUGUAUCCCGUUCGCUAAGAUUGUCCCACUUCCCAAAGGCAGACAACAUUCAAUACGUGGUAAUGUAGUGUGCGUGCCAUCAGAAGUACAAGAGACAGUUGAUACAUUACCCAGAAUAAGAAGCCAAUCUCAGGUUCUCAGGGUCAAACUUAAGAGACGAUUAUGCUACAAAGGUCAUCAGCUUUUCCAAUCUGUUACAUGGUCUAAACUAAUGCAAGCUUUACAUAAACUAAAACAAAUUCAUCCUCAGUACCAGGACAUAAGUAUUAGAGAUGAGCCUGAAGUUUGCGAUCCAACCCUAGCAGAUGAAGUCAGUGAUGAGGAUGAUCAGGAAGCUGCACAAACUAAUGUCAGUCAGAGAGCAUCGCGUGAAACAAGUGCCAUUUCAAAUGAACAGAACGUCACAGAAAAUGAGGACACUAACACAGACCAGACUACAAACACAACUGUUGAAACUGAAGUACAGAACGAUGAUGAACAAGAAGGUGAUCUUCCAAAUGGAGGACUGGCUUUAGAAUCCUGCCUUCAACCACCAAACGUUGCUGAAGACAUUUUGUCAUUCACUGAAGGGAUUUACU